GGGGUGCGGGGGCGGUGUGCGCUGCCAGCCCGCUACUAGAGGGGCUCCUCUGAGCGCUGCACCGGGCCGGACCCGUGGCGUUUUCUGUGUUCCUCCGCCCUCGGGUUCCUGGAUUCCGAGGUCUGGAUGCGGCUUCACGAGGCGCUCCGGCAGAGCUCUAGGAAGGCGGUGGGCUGGCGAAGCCCCAAGCUAUCCAGUACCUUGGAGAAGCCUCCUGGAUCCCUGUCUCAGCCAGUAGCUGAAUUAUUCUCAAGUGCUUUCAUUCUCUGUGCACAAGGAAUCUGAGGUCCAGGAGUGUCAGCAGCAAAGAUGUCUAAUGAGCCACCCCCUCCUUAUCCUGGCGGUCCUACAGCCCCACUACUAGAGGAAAAAAGUGGAGCCCCACCUACCCCAGGCCGCGCCUCCCCAGCAGUGAUGCAGCCGCCACCAGGCAUGCCACUGCCCUCUGCUGAUAUUGCUCCCCCACCUUAUGAGCCACCUGGUCAUCCAGUGCCUCAGCCUGGUUUUGUGCCCCCUCACAUGAGUGCAGAUGGCGCCUACAUGCCUGCAGGUUUCUACCCUCCUCCAGGCCCUCACCCACCUAUGGGCUAUUAUCCACCAGGACCCUACCCACCAGGGCCCUAUCCUGGCCCUGGGGGCCACACGGCCACAGUCUUGGUGCCAUCAGGGGCAGCUACCACAGUGACAGUGCUACAGGGAGAGAUCUUUGAAGGUGCACCUGUGCAGACAGUGUGCCCCCACUGCCAGCAAGCAAUCACCACCAAGAUCUCCUACGAGAUUGGCCUGAUGAACUUUGUGCUGGGUUUCUUCUGCUGCUUCAUGGGGUGUGAUCUGGGCUGCUGCUUGAUCCCCUGCCUCAUCAAUGACUUCAAGGAUGUGACGCACACGUGUCCCAGCUGCAAAGCCUACAUCUACACAUACAAGCGCUUGUGCUAACGGAGCUAGACUUGGACUCCCCCACCUAUCAGUCUGGCCCCAUGUGCUUUGCUCCCUAUGCUCAGUGGUCACUUCCCCCCAGCCCCCACUCAGGGUUGGAAGUUUUGCCAUUGUCCCCUGGAAAUACUGUCCUCACCUUGCCCUUCCCUGAGCAUCCUACUUCCAGCAAAAAUUCCGUUGGAUUUAAGGCCAAGGGCCAGUGGGUGGCAUGGGGGUGACACUGAUCUUGUGUGAUGUUUGGGCAUUUGCAAUCCAGAAGAUGAGCUGGAGAGGGUCUCUUACUGGGGUCCUUUCUUUAUAAGGGUUCAGGUUUGGUCCUUAUUCCUGGGACCAAAAGCACCCAAAGCAUGAAUAGGUUCCCAGACUAGGGCCUAUGGUGAGGGUUGUGCCUGGAACCACAGUUGUAUCUGACCUGCUGGAAUGAGGUCGGAAUCAUCUAGAGUUAAGUGAACCCAAGCAAGACUGGGUCUUAAGGCCUGGGUUUAUGUGGAGUAUAUUGUCUUAUCUGGGGUGCCAAAGGUGGAGUAAGAAUGAUGACUGCCAACUUGGGCCUCAGAACUCUCAGGUAUAGAAAUCCAGGACUUCUACCCACUGUCCAGGAGGUAUCCAAGAGUUGCCUGGUAUAAGGCAAAGAGGACACUGGGCUAGUUAAAGGCCCUGGUAGUCAAGAAGAACUUGCCCCCUUUCUCAUCUAGCUUCCUUUGAGUCAAUGUGCAGAUCUCCUUUCUGGCCACAUCUCCGUGAACCCCUAUAUUUUCUGGGGCCAGAAGGAAUGAAUGCCCAUGACCCUGUCCUGUCUGUCUACUUUUGUGUCUGUGCUAUAUAUGGGUAUAACUUUUACCUGGUAGCUUACUGAGAGUGGCAGAUCAUAACAGCCUCCUUGUAGGUUCAUGAGUCUCUGGAAUAAGUGCCAGUCUUUUUGCCAUAGUUGACUUGCUUCCAUAUUGGGGCACUUCAGUAGGGAGAACUGUGACACUAGGCUGAGGACCAGGAAGAAGUCACAAGUAGUGGGGGUAUCCUAAGCACAUGAGUCUUGCCCAGCCAGGGUGUAAACCCAAACUAUUUCCUGAAUGGUCUGUGAAUAUGCCCACGUGGACACUGUGUCCUGCUGCUGUCCCUCUCCUGGUCUCACACUACCACUGCAUGGCCUCCUAUCACUGUGAACUGUGGCCUGGUCCCAGUUUGUAGUUUCAUUAAAUUGGCCCUUUCACUUCCCUGCCCUGGGCCUCCUCUGCUGUCUUGCCUGGCUUCCUUCUUUUCUGAGGGACAGGGUGGGUCUACAGGUAGUAUACUGGCAAGCAAGAGAUUGGGCCUGGGAAACAACACAUGUUUAAGAACCCAAUUACACCAAACCAGAAUUUAUAUAUAUAGACUUACUCUAGGGGGACCUAGCUGUUCUGGGCCAGGGAGGUUUUGGUUUCAGCAUUGGUUUCCACCAUUUACAUAAUUAGGUGUCCAGGCUGCAGAGCCUGAGAACUGGAGCCCUUUCCCAACUUAUUGACCUCCUAACCCGAAGGCAGUAUUAUUCUGCCCUUAAACAAGAUAGCACUACUGGACUGAGAUCUUAUAUAUAGUCUGAAGAUGAAGCCGGGCACUCAGGUUCUGAACCAGGUUGGCCUUGGUUAAAUCCAACCAUCUCAACUGUGAAAAUCGUGGGCUCACCUUUCAAGAGUUUCCCUUCUGUUUUACCUUUUUUUUUUUUUUUUU